CCUGUGAACAGGUGGCUCAACAAGGUAUUGGUCGGCCGAGUGUAUACCAUGCAGCGGGGGUCAUAUUUCUAGAAUUCUUCGCCUGGGGGCUCUUGACAACUCCAAUGCUAACGGUCUUACAUGAAACAUUUCCCCAUCAUACAUUUUUAAUGAAUGGUCUUAUUCAAGGUGUUAAGGGUUUUUUGUCAUUUCUCAGUGCUCCACUAAUAGGUGCUCUCUCAGAUGCUUGGGGAAGAAAAUCUUUUCUUCUUCUUACAGUUUUCUUCACCUGUGUCCCAAUUCCCUUAAUGCGAAUAAGCCCAUGGUGGUACUUCGCUCUGAUUUCAGUAUCUGGAAUCUUUUCUGUUACCUUUUCUGUAAUAUUUGCCUAUGUAGCUGAUGUAACACAAGAACAUCAAAGAACUGCAGCCUAUGGACUGGUAUCUGCCACCUUUGCGGCAAGUUUGGUAACUAGUCCUGCCAUUGGAGCGUCCCUGUCUGCCAGCUACGGGGAUAGUCUGGUUGUACUGGUGGCCACACUGGUGGCUGUUGUGGACAUCUGCUUCAUCCUGCUAGCUGUACCAGAAUCUCUACCGGAAAAAAUAAGACCUGCUUCGUGGGGAUCUUCUAUAUCAUGGGAGCAGGCAGAUCCUUUUGCAUCUCUGAAGAAGGUUAGAAAAGAUCCUACAGUUCUCCCAAUCUGCAUUACAGUGUUGCUCUCAUAUCUGCCUGAGGCUGGCCAGUAUUCUAGUUUCUUUCUGUACUUGAGACAGAUUAUAGGCUUUGGAUCUGCUAGCAUUGUGGCAUUUAUAGCUGUGGUGGGCAUUCUGUCCAUAAUAGCUCAGACUGUGUUUCUCAGUAUCUUGAUGAGAUCUAUAGGGAACAAAAACACAGUUCUCCUUGGCCUUGGCUUGCAGAUCUUUCAGCUGACUUGGUAUGGUUUUGGAUCUCAGUCUUGGAUGAUGUGGGCAGCGGGAGCUGUAGCAGCGAUGUCAAGCAUUACAUUCCCAGCAAUUAGUGCUCUGGUUUCACGAAAUGCAGAGGCAGAUCAACAAGGUGUUGUCCAAGGAAUAAUAACUGGAGUAAGAGGACUGUGCAGUGGCCUGGGACCAGCACUGUAUGGCUUUAUUUUCUUUCUCUUCCAUGUGGAACUCAAUGAAUUGCUACCUGAUAACACUACUGAAAAAAAAACAAAGCAGAAUCCCAGUGAUAAGGUUAGUACAAAAUUUGGUAUCAUUCCUGGUCCCCCCUUCCUGGUUGGAGCAUGCAUUGUUUUUCUGGCACUUCUAGUUGCCUUAUUUAUUCCUGAGAGCAGCAAAGCCAGCAGUACCAAAAAACACAGCAACAGCAUCAGCAGCAGUCUGGGUAACAACCUAGACCAAAGUAAUGAAGAGGACAUUGAGCCAUUGCUGCAGGAUAGCAGUGUAUGAAGGUUAAAUUCUGAGGGGAUAUGGAAGAAAUUAAUGCACUGAAUUGUGCUCUGGAAGCUUGGUGGGAGGGACAGAGCAUAUUGCCUUUGAGAGGAAGGCAGCUGUGACAGGAGGUCACUUGCUGUAUGAUACUUGAGGUUGGUGUCAUGCUUGCUGGAGUGGUUUUUUAGAACAGCAGGUCACAAACUAGUGUGAUUCUACCCAAUAUUGGACUGCAAAUGCUGUGUCAAAUUCUGAUAUUGAGUAGAAACCUGAAUAUAGAGACGGAAUUUUUUUAAAGUUUGAAUGUUUAGUUCCCAAAAUUGCAAGGUAAUGCAAAAUAAACAGGUUUGAGCCAGAACAAUUUCUGCCAUCACUAUGAUAGGUUGUUUAGCAUUUCUUAUGCCUUUUUGUUGCAUCUAUGCCACUUGUAGCCUUUCUAGUAUGCGAAACACUGAUGUCUUUGUAGUUUUGCUACCUGAAAUAGUGGUUAUCAAUGAAAUUCUCAAAUAUUAUUUACUAACAGGAAGUCCAGUAGUUACCAGAAAGGGGUGAUGAAAUUGAGAUGGCAGAAUUCUGAAUGUGUGUGAUAACAUGUGACAGUAGUUAACACACAAAUGAAGGUCGUACAGAAACCCUAAAACCCACAUUAUGGAAUAAUCACUUUUGUGCAGUUAAAGCAAGUCCAGAUGGCACCCAAGAACCAGGUUGCAUUAAUGUUUUGCUUAUAAAAAAAUUUUAAUUUUAAAAUGAGUAGUGUCAGAAAUAUAGACACUUCUCAUUGGUGCCAGAGUACUUUACAUCAAAAUAUAUAUGUACUUACUGCAUUUUGUCACUUUAUCUGUCAUAUAAAAUACAUUUUCCUAUUAGUUCCUUUCACCGCUGCCUUAACUGCUUCUUAGUGUUCAGUUAUUAAUCAUAUUCAGCCUUCAUAUCACUGUCUUAUCUGCUGAAUAUCAUGGAUAUAUUCAUAUCAUUUUUUUUCUAAAAGAUGCUUCAAAGGAGUUAUGAAUUGUAACAAAUAUGCUGAUUUUAAGAGACAUUUUAUAAAGAAGACAGAGAUUUAUAUGUAUUUUGCUGCAGUGUAAAUGGACUAUUAAACCUAACUUUGAUGAAAUACUCUUAUGAAUGUUUUAUAUGUACGCAAUAUAUGUAGAUAUUUGUAAGGAGUUUUAAUUUUUCCAGAUGGGGUGCUGUGUAAAUCAUGUAUUUAUAAAUGUAAUGAGGGUACAGACAGUUAUACAACAGUUACAGUUUUUUAAAAGGAUUGUGUAUUGACUGAACAAAUUUUAAAAAUAUAUAUUUUGAAACUUGUUCCAUGUUGAGCACAGCUAAGAAACCUUUUGUACCAUGUAGGUUGGUUUUUAAGUUAAUAAGCUUCCUAAUGCAUAAUAAAUAUAAAUAUCAAGCUUUCUAGGUUUCAUGAGUAAGUGUGUGUUCUUCCAAGUUCACUGUUGUGCCUUCACUGCUUCAAAACAGAAGUGGGUUUAUCCUAGUGUUGGAUGACAGUACUCACAUUCCUUUUGUGUUGUGUGUGUGUCAUCAAGAAUGAUGAAAAGCAUGCUCUGCUUAGAAAUUCCUUCGGUACCUGAAGGUAUCCACUGGGGUACAGAAGUGGAGAAUGAAAGUACAAAAAAACUCAUGAGAAUAAUUUCUGAUCUGAACAGUAUUGCAGAAUUAAUAUGCUUUUUUCUGAGGAUGCUUAGGUGGCUGUUUUUAUUUGAAUUUCUUGCAGUUCAAACCUGGGUUUUUAUGCUGGAUAAUUUGCUGCAGGCCAGACUGCAGUUGAGUAGGUUUUGCAUGAUCCCAGCUUAGAAUGUCUUAAACUUGAUAUAUGGAAUAAAAUACAGUAUGUUAAUGUUA